UGAUUUGCUGCGCGGCGCGGCGAGCGGCGGCGGCGGCGAUGAGAGCGGGCAGUGCGAACUGCCGGAGCAGCCGCCGGCCGCCUCGGCACACAAAGCUGGUCCCAGAUUUGAGCGGCGGCGAGGCACCCUGAUGAGCCAGCCCUGGGCAGCGCCAUGGAUUUGACUAAGAUGGGCACGAUCCAGCUGCAGAACCCCUGCCACCCCAGCGGGCUGCUGCACAAAGCCAACCAGAUGCGCCUGGCGGGGACGCUGUGCGACGUGGUCAUCAUGGUGGACAGCCAGGAGUUCCACGCGCACCGGACCGUGCUGGCUUGCACCAGCAAGAUGUUUGAGAUCCUCUUCCACCGAAACAGCCAGCAUUACACCCUGGACUUCCUCUCACCAAAGACCUUCCAGCAGAUACUGGAGUACGCGUACACCGCCACCCUGCAAGCCAAGGUCGAGGACCUGGAUGACCUGCUCUACGCUGCCGAGAUCCUGGAGAUCGAGUACUUGGAGGAGCAGUGCCUGAAGAUCCUGGAGACCAUCCAGGCCUCCGAGGACAACGAUGCCGAGGUCACCAUGGCUGACGGAGGCACCGCCACGGCUGAGGAAGAGGAGGAGAGGAAGUCAAGGUAUAUGAAGGGCCUCUUCGUCUCCAAGGCCACCGGCGAGGAGAGCGGUUAUGCCGGUGCCAGCGGCCAGAGCCUGCCAGGGGCCGCGGCGGAGCAGAGCCCAUCCGCCUCGGCUUCCUUCGGCCCCUUGUCCGCCAUGAGCCCCACCAAGGCGGCAGUGGACAGCCUGAUGACCAUCGGGCAGUCGCUGCUGCAGGGUGCCCUGCCACCCGCCUCCCCCGAGGACUCACGGCCCGCCACCCGCCGUGCCCCUGGCCUCGCCGAGGUCAAAACCGAAGCGAUGCAGGUGGACGACACCUGCAGCCGUGACAGCCCCAGGACGGCCGAGCCCGGAGCCUCUGGCGGGGAGAAGCCCGAUGAGAAGGGCAAGGAAGGGCCCGGCACCCCGACCCGCAGCAGCGUCAUCACCAGCGCCCGUGAACUGCACUACACCCGCGAGGAGGGCACCGAGCCGCCCCCCGAGCCCGGCCAGGGGCUGCCGCUGGGGCCAGAGCCAUCGGCAGCUGCCACCGCCACUGCCCAAGUGGAGAAGCCCCUGGGCAUCUACUCCCUGCUGCCGAACCACAAGACUGAGCCAGUGCUCGGCGUGCCACCCGCCGUGGCGUCCGCCCUGCACGUGCAGCCAGCCCUGGCUGUCUCCAUGGACUUCAGCGCCUAUGGGGGGCUGCUGCCCCAGGGCUUCAUCCAGCGGGAGCUCUUCAGCAAGCUGGGGGAGCUGGCGGCCGGCAUGAAGACGGAGAGCAGAGCCCUGGGCGAGCAGUGCAGCGUGUGCGGGGCAGAGCUGCCGGACAACGAGACCCUGGAGCAGCACAGGAAGCUGCACAGCGGGAUGAAGACUUAUGGAUGCGAGUUGUGCGGGAAACGGUUCCUGGACAGCUUGCGGCUGCGAAUGCACUUACUGGCUCACUCAGCGGGUGCCAAGGCCCUGGUCUGCGAUCAGUGUGGUGCCCAGUUCUCGAAGGAAGACGCCCUGGAGACGCACAGGCAGACACACACUGGUACAGACAUGGCUGUGUUCUGCCUGCUGUGCGGGAAGCGGUUCCAGACGCAGAGCGCGCUGCAGCAGCACAUGGAGGUGCACGCCGGGGUACGCAGCUACAUCUGCAGCGAGUGCAACCGCACCUUCCCCAGCCACACUGCGCUCAAGAGGCACCUCCGCUCCCACACAGGCGACCACCCCUACGAGUGUGAGUUCUGCGGCAGCUGCUUCCGGGACGAGAGCACGCUGAAGGGCCACAAGCGCAUCCACACCGGCGAGAAGCCCUACGAGUGCAACGGCUGCGGCAAGAAGUUCAGUCUCAAGCACCAGCUGGAGACCCACUACCGGGUCCACACAGGUGAGAAGCCCUUCGAGUGCAAGCUGUGCCACCAGCGCUCCCGGGACUACUCAGCCAUGAUCAAACACCUUCGGACCCACAACGGCGCUUCCCCCUACCAGUGCACCAUUUGCCUGGAGUACUGCCCCAGCCUCUCUGCCAUGCAGAAGCACAUGAAGGGCCACAAGCCGGAGGAGAUCCCCACCGACUGGCGGAUAGAGAAGACGUAUCUCUACCUCUGCUACGUCUGAGGGAGGAGGUGCAGGGACGGUGGGGCUGAGCGGCGGAGGACUGGGCAAAAAAAAUAACCCCCGAACCCGCAGCGUCCACGGCCUUGUUUCUUUUCGGUUCUCAUUCGUUGCUUCUUGCCAGAAGGAUCCCAUGGCUCGGGGCGGGGGAACACACCGACCCCUUCCCUGGCCUCAUCCGCACCCCCUCCCCAGCUACUUGUGCGCCCGCUGCCCUUCACCCUCCCUGCGGGGAGCCUUCGCCUCAGGCAGCCCCCCGGGAAGUUGCUCCCUGGACGGCCCCUCCGUUGCCAGCGACAAGACUGCGUAGGAACGAGGCACGUCCCCAACCGCGUGCGCAUGGCCGGUGCUUUGCCAGGGCUCUGAUGCCCUGCUGACAGCCUGAGCUCCGUGUGUGAGGCUGGGUCCCUGUUUCGGGAGGGUUCCCACGCUCCCUGCACGCUGCCAAGCGCUUUGGCAAACGCGGCCCUGGAGGGGUCCCAGCUUGAGGAGGGUGUUUGCGGUAGGAAGCUGGGCACAAGCCGGGCUGCCUCACGGUGCUGCCCAGGGCCUGGGCAGGCGCGAGGGGUGUGCAGAGGCUGCCGCUCUCCCCCGACCAAAGACCUCUCUAUGCAUUUCCCCUCCCUCCCUCAUCUCCUCCCCCGAGGAGAUGCGGCCUCUUUGGGGGUGCCGGCGCGGGUGGCGCCAGGCCACAGCGUUGAACCAAGGGAUCCUCUCUUUCUCUGCUGACGUGGGGAGCGUGGAAGGUGCGGAGUGUGUGUUUUUUGCCCAGCCCUCAGCUGCAGGACCUGCAAGCCAAGGGGUGCCUGGUGCCAGGCGGCUUCGCUCGCCGCUUCUUUCUUUUGGGUUAUUUUGGCUUUUCGUUCGGUUUUUCUGAACUUUUCUUUUGGAAUAUUUUCUGCAUUUAGCACAUUUUACUUGAAAUUACCUCGUUUAUUUGUGACCUCAUGAGCUUUUAUUGAUUUGGGGGGGACGGGGGCAGCAUGGCCAGGAAGGCGCAUGCCGGGCGCUGGCAGUGGAGGUGCGGCGGCAGCCGUGCCGGCCUCCCGUUGUGCAUUAUCCUUACCAAAACUGGUAUUUUUUGCCUGGCCCUGUGGGGCCAGGGGCGUUGGUUCUGAAGCUACCUCUUGUGUUCGUUUUUGUUGUGUUUCUCCCCAGCGGUUGCAGAAGCUCCGCGCUUCCCAUCCCACGCCGCGCUCAUGGACGCCACUCGGGGUUUUCUUUUCGUCAUUUUACUGCGUUCGGGUGGAAAGGGAAGACAAAAAAGGAGUGGAGAGAGAUGGAGCAGGGUGCGUGGGUGGGUUUUGAAGGGAUGCUGCUGACCUGUCUCGGCUCGAGGUGCCCGUCCCACCUCCCCUGGCGCCGUGCAGGGAUGCAGUGUCCUCGCUGGUGCCCCAGUCUCGCGGGACCUUUGCUGCUGGGCACAGGGUGGGCGCCGCUGUUGUACAAUCCGGGAUGUGACUGUGGAGAACGGCUUGUUUCGUUGUUGUGCCUAAGAGAUAAAAAAAAAACAGAAAAAGGAAAAAAAACAAACCCUGUUAAAACUCCCCCAGUUCUUUCAGAAGGAAAGUUGCUGCAAUGUGUGGCCGGCAGCACGCUGCGGUGCCCCGGCGCUGCUGCCCGUGAGUGCCACGGUGCCACGUGGCUGAGCUCGUGUGGCUUUUCUUUUUGCUUUAACCUCCUCGCCAGCCCCUUCACCUCCCUCCCUUCUCCCUCCCCCUUAGUGCCGCAGCCUCCCAGCUGCAAUGGCGUUGUACUCGGCGUCGGAGCGAUGCAGCGGUGCCCCGGGCGCGCGUCCCCCGCCACCCUCCAUAUAUAUAUAUAUAUAUAAGUAUAUAUAUGUGUAUCAUAGCAGUGAGGACCAAGCGCCCCGCAGGGCCCCGCGGCCCCGGGCUCCCUGUCCCAUGGCUUGUGUCGGUGUCGUGAGCGCCCGCCUGCCCGUCCCGUUUGCUCUGUGUUGCCGCUCGUGGUUCGGGUCCGUCGCUGUCCUCGUUCCGUCUACCUCAGCACCUCUCUGAGCCCGGGCGCAGAAGGUGCCCAAGUUCCCCCUUUGGUUUUGGUUUUUUUUUUUCUCAGAGUAUCUAUCAGCUCCUAUUUUUUGUACGACUUCCUUCCCCCGCUUCUCCCUUCGCCGUUCGCUCCCUUGCGGUUCUGCUUGCGAGUCCUCUCUGUCCUCUAGCCACAGAUGCCGUUAGCUGAAAGUUUCCUGAAAAAAUAAAGAGAAAAAAAAAAAGACAAAAAAAAAAGAAGUAAUAAUGAUGAUAAUAACAAACCCAACCCAGUUGUGGUGUCUCCUAGUUGCAGCUCUCUGCAUCUGCCUUCGUCCUGUGUCGACUCAAAUGCGUUUCUUUGUAAGACUUCAAUGUUUCUGACAGAGGAAAAAGACAAAAAAAAAGACAAAAAAAAAAAAAGAAGGAAGAGUGUACUGCUGCAGGUUUUUUUCUCUCCAUGUGUCACUAAGUGAAGUUCGUGCCUUCUAUAGCAAAGAGAAUAUUUUUUACAUCCUACUAACAGUAGAUUUUUUUGUAGUGAACAUUUUUUGUAUUUUUAUUUAUAAGUCUCAUAAGGAAAAUAGCAAUGUUCAGUUGUAUACCUUGGAUCUGCAGUUAGAGAACAAAGCAAAAACAAACAACCAAUAAAGUUAAUUCCGUUGUCUCGGC